AUGGGCCCGGGCAAGGGUCCCGACGCGGCCUCGUGGUCGGGCCAGCGCAUCGCGCAGCACUACCAUGUUCCAGCCUCGCAGCCGACGCCCGCUCGCGACAACGACGGUUCGCGCGGCUGCGAUGACAUAGAGCCGCUCGGCGUCGGCGCCAGCGGCGGAAGAGGCGAUGAGUUGGCAGGGACGUGGCCUACGGCUAUCGAUGCCCAACUCUCGUGCCAGAAAGAAGAUACGCGUCGCGAAGCCGACGACGAGGCCGGCGACUGGGAGCAGGCCUGGGCUGCGGCCCACGACCGCAGCCUUGUUUACGCCGCUCCGCCCUGCCUCGACCAGCUGCCAAACGAGAUACUCCUCCAGGUCCUUGACUUUCUCGACGUCAAUGACCUCCUCGCUGCCUCCAGGACGAACCACCUCCUCCGUACCAUCUCGCUAGCUCCCAUCCUUCACCACUACCGACUACGCCGCGCACGACAUUUGCUGCCCCCGCUCCUGUGGUCCCCUUCGCGGCCUGCUCUUGCCGACCUUAUCGCCCAGAGCAUCUUCCUCACCCACACGUCGGUCGUGUCGCGCCGCCUCGCCCGUUCCCUCGUUUCUAUCCGCCUCUCGCGCCGCCUCGCCUCCCGCCCCUCUCCAGAGACGCUCGUCGAGCGCGCCGUCAUCCCCCGCGAGUGCGUUCCCGGCAUGGCCCCCGUGCUCGUCUCGCCCGCCAUCGCCGCUCGCCGCAGGGACGUGGAGCGCGAGCGUGUCAAGGACGGCCUGCGCCGCUGGAUCGCCGCCAAGUGGCGCGGCGAAGUUCGCGAGAGGGAGGAGGGCGUCCGCAGGAUGGACGAGAGUCGCGGCGUUGGUAGAGUCUGGCGUCUGACGCGCUUCUGGGAGAGGGUCGGUCGCGGGGAGGAUAGGAUCGCCGCAUGA